AAGAAUGUUCAACCAACCCAGUGUGUAGCUGGAACACAGGCAGCAAUAUUAUUGUGGGAUACAGUCUUCACUGCACAGUCCCUCGAAACGGCUCUCCGUACGCGUAACAAGGCGCUAGAAUAGUUUGCGGUAUCAUAUUCUGGAUGCAUGCGACGUUGAUCUUCUUAUGUGGUUUUUUGGUCAUGUAUUUUUUUUGUAGUGUAGGCUACAUUAUGUGCUUGUCGAGAAUAUUUUAAUCUCUUCCGUAUUUCUGGCUGUCUGGAUUUGGGAGUCUACAGAUAACUGUAGCCACUUUUUGAUCAAGGCUUCGAAUAUUUCCUUUUGAUAGCACAAUUGGGGAAACAUUUUGAUAUUCUUACGUGGAUAUACUUGGACUUUUUCACGGUUUCAGCCUAGUUGGGUGAAGGGACAGUUUUUCAAUCCACGCACAUCGCUCCCGUUGCAGUGUUUCGUUCUGCACGGUUCGAUAGUAUCCUAUAAACUUGACCAGAGCAUUUUCUCAGAAAUACAAUUUUCGUUUGAUCUGAUGUAUUGCGCGGCGCAGUGCAUGUUUAUAAGUACGAUGUAUUAUUCUUAAAAACUAGGAUUGUGGAGGUCAUUAUCAGUGCCAAUCAUAAUGGCAAACGACGACAACCGCUGUAUAGUGGAAAAGUACAUUUGUCACAAACUCUUGAAAAGGGGAUAUGUGUGGGAUUUCGAGAAUGCCGAGGAUGACGAAGAUGCUGAUAAUGGGUCAAUGAUUUCUCCUCCGCCUGUUUUGGCACGGCGGUGCCACGGGGCCAAUAACGCCAGAUCGAGCAGCGUCCCCCAUCUUUCCAAACGGCUCUCCCAAACGGACCCGCAUGCAGCUAUUCACAGAGUUUUGCGUGAGGCCGGGGACGAACUCGAACGACUGUACCAGCCCGACUUUGCGGAGAUGUCACACCAAUUGUAUCUCACGUCUUCUAUGGCAGAAAGGAGAUUCAGAGAGGUGAUAGACGAGCUGUUCAGGGACGGGGUUAACUGGGGACGAAUUGUCGCCUUCUUCGAGUUCGGGGGCACAAUAUGUGUGGAAUGCGUGAACAAGGAAAUGACGUCGCAGGUUGACCACAUCGCCGGGUGGAUGACGGAGUAUCUAAAUGGACCGCUGCACAGCUGGAUUCAAGAGAACGGGGGAUGGGAGGCCUUUGUUGAGCUCUAUGACAGACAGAGGGACUCCGUGUCCUGUUCGUGGCCGUCCAUCAAGACUGUCUUUGGCCUGGCUGCACUGGGGGCCGCAAGCCUUACCAUCGGAGCUUACCUUACACAGAAGUGAAGGAGUCCCCCCCCCCUCUCUCUUUCUUUUUGUCCUCCCUCCCGCUCUCACUCCUUUCUCUUUUCAAAGGCCCUCUCCAAGAUCCCCAACCUGCCUGUCUUCAAAGCUUCUCUCCCUGUUCUCGAAAAAACAUCCCUCUUCCUCACUUAAAAAACAGACACAAAUCAAACAACAGCAGGAAACGGAGUCACUGCCCACACAGACGAAAAUAUGUCAUGAAAGUUGUGCCAUUUAACUGUAAUCACAAAAAGUUUGGCUUGAAAAGAGACGAGAGGAAGGGAGGGUUGGUGUCGUUUUUGUUCUGCCUGCUUGAGUACUAGUUGUAGCAUGAAACCUUUGUGUGCUCGUGUAGACUUGUGUAGCAUGUGUCGGUGAGGCAAAAGAAAGCAUAGACACUCUUAGAAAAAGGGUUCCAAAAUGGUUACUCGACUGUCCCCAUAGGAGAACCCUUUUUGGUUUCAGGUAGAACCGUUUGGUGUUCCAUGUAGAACCCUCAGUGGAAAGAAUUCUACAUGGAACCCCACAUUUUUUUUCAAAAGGUUCCGCUAUGGGGACUCCCUUCAACCCGCCUUCAAAGGACUUCCUCCACACAACAGCUGCUCUGAAUGUAUAAUGGAAGGAGCUCGCUACUAACCAGCACGGUGUGUCUGUCCACCCACCGCUUCUACACUGCAAUAUACCAGGAUACCAGGAGCAUGACAACUCUGAACACAGAACCAUUAGUUACACACACCAGCUCUGACAACACGUCUUCUAGGCGCCACAGACGCAACUUGCUCUGCAGUGAUCUUAGAGAGAUCUGUUGGACAAUGCAGUAGUCACUUUUUUUGCAUUUGACCCAUAUGAAAUGUAAUAAGAGAAAGAUUGAGGGAGGUAUUAAAGAGAGGAUAGAGGGAGGUAUUGAAGAGAGGAUAGAGGGAGGUAUUGAAGAGAGAAUAGAGGGAGGUAUUAAAGAGAGGAUAGAGGGAGGUAUUGAAGAGAGAAUAGAGGGAGGUAUUGAAGAGAGAAUAGAGGGAGGUAUUGAAGAGAGGAUAGAGGGAGGUAUUGAAGAGAGAAUAGAGGGAGGUGUUGAAGAGAGGAUAGAGGGAGGUAACGAAGAGAGAAUAGAGGGAGGUAUUGAAGAGAGGAUAGAGGGAGGUAUUGAAGGCGUGAAUAGCAGGUUAGUUAGAGCUUUUGGCAGCCGAAACCCCUGUUUGAUCAGAUGUUACUGACAGAAAGUGAAAAAUAUUAUUCCACCUAGCUGGGUUUCUGGCUUAGUCGGGAUCGAGGGAUAGAGGUAGAUACACAGAAAGAGAAUGUGUGAGAGACAAAAAGAGGGAGCGAAGUCAUAGAAUGAGCAGAAAUGUGGAUACAGACAAAAAGAGAUAAAGGUGUUGGGGUCAAACUGAAGAUGUGGAUUCAUUCCAAAGGUUCAGUGACAGUGAGCCUCCCUCUCCAGAUGCUUGAGGCGCCUCUACAGCCUGUUCUAAGAUGUCUUACUUGGAGGAAGAACUGUGUCCCUGAAUGGCCUGGCAUGGUUCUGUUUGGCCUCACGUCACUCCCUCCCCGUCAGAUGUCUCUGAAAUGCAUUUCUUGUACUCUCACAGCCUCUUUUUAUUACUCUAUCUCUCGCUCUCUUUCUCCCUUUCUCAAUCUCUCUCUCUCUUGGUGUCUGUCUCCCCUUCUGCCCAUAUGUCUGACCAGAAAUCAAGGUCUCACCCACCCAAGUCAAGCCACCGCUGAAAGGGGACUGAACCAAACUGCCAAAUCUCCCAGAACAUGUCCUCCAGCUGCUGCUGGGCUCUGAUCUAGGGGACAAAGAGGCCCCACAUACCCCCCCACGGCCUACGCUAAUGGUUGAUUCCACAUUUAGGAGGACCUCCCAAUGUGCACCUCUCUCAGUUUCUCAAACCGUAGCAGACUACAACAUAGAAUACCCAACAAGAAAAAUCCCUAUUGGACACAAAGACUCUCUACUGUUUUGAAGUGGUGUCCAUUGUAUUCCCAGUAACUGAUAUAUUUGAACCCCCUUGCUGCGAGUCUGUCGCUGCAAUGGCACAGAUCACAACAUCUUUUUAGAGUAAACAAUCAUUUCCCAGAAUACGUUAGGUGUUGUCUAGUGUUGGAGAUGACAUAACCUUCUUGGAAAGGCUUACUAUCCAUAAUAUUUACUAUUUUGCUCUCUCUUUCACACACACACACACACACACACACACACACACACACACACACACACACACACACACACACGUGUAUGUAGAUAAGCAUGUGUAGAGAGCAUGUUGUUAACUCAUCGCAAUGAUUUCUCUCAGCAAAAAUCUCUCUUUGUUUCAGUCUUCUUUUAUCAACGCAAAACAUAUGUCGUCUGAAGUUUUCAUAGAAUGAGUAUUCACUAUGUAUACCCAUAUUUAUGUUAGAUGUUACACAUACCAACUUAUGAUUUUUAUUUAUUGAGAGGUACCAGAACACAGAUAUUUAAAUCAUAGAUGAGAUGAAAAGUUAAGAUCAUGGAGACACUCAAAUGUCUUGAGAAAUUGUAUCUUUCGUUUUAUUAAUGGAACCACACUGUAACAAUACACUAUUUGGGGCUGCUAUUGUAUCAACAGUAGAGUAACAUUUCUGUGUAAGACAUGUUAAUGUGUUAAUAUUGGUUUAACACUGCUGUACUGUAUAGUCCUGAUUUAACUUAACUCACAGCUUCAAACUGCCACACAGAUACAGUAUAUUGUUAUAGAAAGCUGUAAACCAAAGUGAACCUGUAAGUAACAUUGUGUUAGUAAGAUGUAGCAUGAAGAGAUAAACACAUGCCAAUUCACUUUCACUUCUUUUAAAUAUUGUCGGAGUGAGAUUUUGCAGGAAGGGUUUGUCUGGCAACCUAUUCCCUUUAUAGUGCACUACUUUUGACCAGGGACCAAAGGGCUCCAUAGUAAGUAGUGCACUAUGUCAGGAAUAGGGUGCUAUUUGGGAGACAGUAAAUAUUAGCCUGCUUGGUGUUCAUAACAUUUCAGUAGAUACCGUAGAACCCGAAUGCAUCCAAGUGGACAUGUGUUAACCGCUGCUUUAUUGAGGAACAUGUAUGUGUGGUAAUUGUUAACAUAGUAAUGAAUUCCUUCUCAAGCUUAUGUAGUGACAGACAAGUCUCCACAUCUUGUGCUUUUGACCUGCUACAUUCUAUCAUCAUAACCAAGGGCACCCUUCUUUCUCUAUUAUACCAGAGGUGAAUCGCCCUACUCAUCAUAAACCCUCCAGUGAUAUGUACAUAUGAAAACAGAAAUUAGUAUGACAUUUUUUUUCAGGAGUUUAAUAAUAAGGAGUAUAGUAGGAGUAUAAUAAGAUAAUAAGUCACUAACUGACUUGUUCAUAAAUAACAUGUGUAAAGGUUUGUAUGUGAGGAGCAAUCAUUUGAAGUAUAAAGUCAUUCUCAUAUUCCCUUCUGUGAUUCUGUUUAAAUUAAUGUAGCCUACAUCACACCAUGGUUAUAGUGUUGUAAAUAUAAUCCUCAACCUGUGGCACUUAAGAGGUCAAAUCAAAUGUGUUACCAUUGUUUAUGCUAUGUAUGUAUCACAAUAAGCUAGAUGGGAUCAUGCUGUUCCCAAUAAACCACAUCUUUCCUGCA